AUGACACGAACGAGGAAAGAAGUGGACUCAAUGUCAGACAGCCUCGAAUCGCUGGAAACAAAAUCCUCCAUGUCAGGAGAUGCCAAUUCGCUGAUCAACCGUCCAAAACCUUUCUCCAUCAUCCUCCUUCUUACCCUUUUCUUCCUCCUCAUGGCCUCGAUCGGUGGCCUGAGCACGUCGGCGGUUGACUUCCGAACACAAGGCCCGCCGCGACGGAGCUGCAUCACUCAGAGCUUCGUCAUGUUUUCGGUUCGUCCUCUCACUCCAAUCUAUCUCAAAGUGAUCUAG